AUGAGCAAUGCCAGUGAUCAUAAGCUCAGUCACACAACACCAGCUGCACUUAGUGCCUGCAGAGCGCUGUCCGACCCCUGUUCGCUGCUAAAUCUGCUCAUAGGUGACGGGAGCCGGCGGCCCGGCGCUGGGGGUGCUGACGGCCAGCUUUGUAUCUUCAGUUUGGUUGAAGGUCAUCAUUAUCGUUGUGUGACACGUGUUGACCUAAGGAAGAAGAGAGAGAUUUUCUUUACCAGGAGGGGUGAGUCCAGUCCAUGUGGCUGCUGGGUGAUGUCCCUCAGGCCUCCCACGGCCACACUCCCAGCACCCACAGCAGCAGCCAGGGCCCUGUGCUGGGCAGGUGGGGGAGGGCAGGCCCAUCCCCUGUCUUCCCUUUGCCCGGGGCUGUCUGCUCAUCCACAUCUCCAUCAUGCCCUUUGCUCUGACAUUUGGUAUCUGCCAAACUGUCACAGAAGCAGCAGGUGGGAUUUCACAGUUCUUUUUCUUAGAAUGAUUCAAAUAAAACCAAGUUAUUUUUGUCUAAUAAUAACUGUGUUUUUAGGAUUGUAUAUUUUAAGCCUUAAAGUUGGUAAGCUUGGUCAAUCAUUUUUAAGUCUAUUUAAUAAAAGAAAUGAGAUUAUUUCUGCUGGAGGACUCAGCACUCCCCUCUUUGUGACUGCAGAAGUGAACCCCCACAUACCAGAGUGGAGGUGGCCUUGGGUGUGGCUGUUUGACUUGGUCAUCUUCACUGGAAGUGGAUCCAGGAAAUGGGGAGCGCCUCUGACCCAGCCCGGCCGGUGUCGUCACGCCCACCUGUUAUGGGAGCCGACGGGCAGUCUUUCUUCUGCAAAUACCAAAUGCUUGUGGAUUGGAAGCUCAGCUGGCUUAUUCAUAUUUAACUUGGUGAACUUUGAAUUGGAAGCGGUUCUACAUUACAGGGAUUUUUGGAGCCUCAGUAUUCAAGUUGCUGGAUCGUGUGCUAUGAUGAGCAAUGCCAGUGAUCAUAAGGCGGGGUGCCUGCUUACGUCCUUGUUUGGAAGUAAGGUCGCUGUGUUGGAAAUCAACCUGCUGGCUCUUCUGAGGUCUCAGACGCACCUGCACCCGAGGGGAGGACCCCUCUGCUGUCUGGUAUGGGCUCCUCGGGACAGACGCCUGAGGCAUGUUGGUUUACUUCAUUUUAGCUCUUACGUCUUACCAACUUCUCCGCUGUAUUUCAUAAUUGUUGAGGAAGAAAGUACUAAGCCAGCUAGUCAAAAACAAUCUGGUGAGUAUGGCCCCAGCCCCGCAUCAGCACCUGGGGGCUUGAGGAUCCUGCAGCCAGCUUGGAGGCUCUGGGUGCUGCCUGCUGAGUGCUGGGAAGACAGUGUAACUAUGUUUUCACCAAAGACAAAUACCAAAAUUGGUAAAAGAUCUUCAAAAUGCAAGAACAGUUACAAAUGGUAUCCCUGUGACCUGGGGCUGGCCUUAUGGCGCUGGCCCUACACCAUCCGCAUGACUGUGGACGAGGCCUCAAAUUCCUUGGGCCCCACUGACCUGUACAAGAAGCCCUGUGACCUGGGGCUGGCCUUAUGGCGCUGGCCCUACACCAUCCGCAUGACUGUGGACGAGGCCUCAAAUUCCUUGGGCCCCACUGACCUGUACAAGAAGGUGUUUGGGGGAACCUCCAGGGCCCUCCCAGGCCACACUUUAAGCAGGCAGCUUGCUGUGGCCUGUGGCUGGGCCGCCGUGUGCUGCGUCCAGUAUUCAGGAGAUGGCCGGCAGCUGGCCUGUGGUUUAGCUAACCACUUGGCCCUGGUCUUCAAUGCUGAUCUUACUGGGACACCUGUUUCUCUGUUGGGUCACGAUGGGGCGGUGAGUACCGUGUGCUGGAGCCAGGACGGCCAGUGGCUGCUGUCUGCCUCCCAGGACAGGAUGCUGAGGGUGUGGUCGGCUGGCAGGCCGGAACCUGCCUUGUGUCUAGUAAUGGGCAAUUCCUAUCCAUUUUCGGCAGGGGUCUGUAGCGCCCAGCCCUUGACCUUGAGUCUGUCAGAGUCACACUGUCCAGACAGAACUGUCUCCAAGGGUGGUGUUUCCCUCUCCAGGAGCUCAGGAAUGGGCACAGCAGGGGUUUGCUUCAAUGCAUUACCGGGCAAAGGUGUGUUUUCUAAGCCUAUACAAUAUGCAGCACAGUUUUAUUACAUAGAUGCUUUUAUAUUGUUAUCUUCUGGCCCUGAGUUCCACCUGCUGAAGUAUCACAUUGGCACUUGUGAAGAUGACAUAAAGAGUAGAGAUUACCAGCUAUCAGCANUAAACAACUUCCACUCCUACCUCGUGCUUGCCACUGGCCAGAACAGGGCUGUGGGAGUCUUGGAUCUCAAUGUGGGCCGCAGCGCAGCCAUGACAGCAGAAGCCUGUGCACGCCCUGUGCACCAGAUUUGUCAAAAUAAAGUGAGUGCCUUUUGA